CAAACUCAACACAAUUGGAAUCGAAGGAACAUUUGAUGUUGUGUGCGACACUGCUCGUCUCUCUCUCUAUUUCUAUAUCUACAUAUGUUGUGUUGAGUUGAAGCCUUUUAACUCAACUCAACACAGCACUUUCGACUCUCUCUCUCUCCUUCGUUGUUUUUGUUUUUGGCUAAUUUCUAGGGUUUUGCUGUCUUUACUAUUCCCAUCAAAAUUGUGCUCCCACAGCAUGGGGGUCUCCUUCAAGGUCUCCAAGACCGGCACUAGGUUUCGCCCCAAGUCAAUUCCCCAACCGCACGAAGCCGCAUCGGACAAUUCCAAGUCCCAGAGUGGUCUUGUUGAGGCUGGGGAAAAGAUUGCUCAGAUUCCACAGUCAUCUUCAUCUGAAACUCUUUCAUUAGCAGAGAGGGAAGCUUCUUUCACAUUGAACCUGUUUGCAGAUGGUUAUUCUAUUGGGAAACCUUCUGAGAAUUUUCAGAAUGAUGCAGCAAAUCAAACAAAAUAUCAAGAUUUUCCAAAGUUGUUACAUCCCUAUGAUAGGUCAUCUGAAAGUCUUUUCUUGGCCAUCGAGUCAGGUCACUUACCUGGGGAUAUUCUUGAUGAUAUACCUGCCAAAUAUCUAGAUGGAGCACUAAUAUGUGAGGUGCAUGAUUAUCGAAGAUGCUCUUUUGAAAAAGGGAGUAGUGUGUCUGCAGAAGGUUCUCCUACUGUUAGCAAAGUAUGCCUCAAGAUGUCCCUAGAAAAUAUUGUUAAGGACAUUCCAUCAAUUACUGACAAGUCUUGGACAUAUGGUGAUCUGAUGGAAGUUGAAUCAAAGAUACUGAAAUCAUUACAACCAAGACUUCAUCUAGACCCUAUUCCAAAGUUAGAUCGGCUGUGUGAAAGUCCACUUCCUGCAAAGCUCAAUUUGCCAAGAAAGCGAUUAAGGAAUAUGCCAGAGUUUGCUGUUACUUCUACCAAUAAAAUUCAUGGGAAGAAAGUAUGCAUAGAUAGAGUGCAAGAAGCUUCAAUUAGCAGGUUAGGCGAUUUGGGAAACACAUCUUCCAAUGCUAUUGUACAGCAGACCCAUGAAAAUCCAUCCAUGCAAAAUCUUACUCCGAAUAUUGCCAUGGCCUUGAGACCUAAGAAUUUUAUACCUGAUUCUUCCAUCCCUAACUUUCCGAUGAUGUCCCAUCAACAAAGAUAUGCAAUGGCAGUUGGAACUACAAGAAGUUUGCAGGAGCAGGGACCAGUUCCUUCUAUUAAUUCAUCCGGGGCUUCUCCUUCUGCACAAGAUGUCAUGAUUUCAUAUGCCGAUCAUGCAAACUCAAGUGCUUCUCUUCAUGGUAAAAGGGAUCAAGAUGGACAAGCGUCACCUUUACCCAAUAUUGCAAAAAGAAUGAGGCCUACGGCUGCUGUUGUUGAAGCAAUGCAGCAUCAGCAAAUAGGUUCACAUGUUGAAUCUCUUCAAGGAACAGAUAUGAAUUGGCAGAAUACAUUGCAACAACAAGCUUUGGCCAGAGGUAUUCAGUAUGGAAGUGGUGGCAUUCAAAAGUUUCCUCAGCAAGUUUUUGAAGGGGGGAUGAACCAAGAGAUGGUGCCAGUUUCCUUUACUUCUGGUCAGCAGGGCAUGAGAUUGGUUGCAAAGGAAGAACAGUUUGAAAUUGACAAAGUAGAUAGUGCAGAGACAAACCGCAAUAGGAGUGAGAUUGAAAUAGAAACAAACAUAUUAGAUCCACAACAGUUACGGCUUCAGCAACGAUUGCCACAGCAUGCAUUCAUGAGACCCAAUUUUCCGCAGGCAGCCUGGAACCUGGGUCAGCAUAUAGAGAAAGACACAAAAAAAGAUGAUCAGCAUCAGAAAAGGAAAUCAGUUCAGAGUCCUCGUUUAUCGACUGGGGCGUUAGCUCACUCCCCAUUAUCUUCAAAAUCAGGUGAAUUUUCCAAUAGUGCAAUGGGACCAAGUUUUGGACCAUCUUCAAUGGCUGCUGUGGGAACAGUACAGAAAGACAAGACUGCAAUGGUCUCUGUUCCUACUACUGUUGGAACUCCAUCUAGUGAUUCCACACAAAGACAGCAGCAACAGGCACAACUAGCUGCAAAACGAAAAUCUAAUUCCCUUCCUAAGACUCCAGCCAUGAAUGGAGUUGGCUCUCCUGCUAGUGUUGGUACAACCAGUGUCCCACUGAAUGCAAAUAGCCCCUCAGUUGUGACAUCGAGUUUGGUUGAUCAAGGCCUUCAAAAUAUGCUUGAACGAUUCUCUAAAAUUGAAAUGGUGACAAUGAGGCAUCAACUUAACUUUAAGAAGAACAGGGUCGAGGAUUUUCAGAUGAAGAAGCAAAAUGCAUAUGUAACAACACAUAUAGCACCACAUAUUGCCAAUUCAACUAAUAAUGAGGGAGUGAUAGAUGAUUCAAUUUCUUUGUCAAAGUCACUUAUAGGUGGGAGUAUGAAUGCGUGUAAAAUGAGAAUAAUAACUUUAUGUGUGCCUGAGCGUGUAGUUCAAGGAAAUCAUGUUUCUCUAGUUCCAAGGUUGCGAACUAGGAUGAUAAUAUUUGAGAAAUCUGAUGGUACUGUGGCUCUGUAUUACGGGGAUGUUGAAGACGCUGAUUACCUAGCUGCAGAGGAUUAUCUCCUCACUUUACCAAAUACUCAUUCUGCGGAUUUGCUUGCUCAACAGUUCUGUUCACAGAUGAUACGUGAAGGAUAUGUGAAGGAAGAUGACCGGAUCCAACUUAAACCAAACCUUGUUAACCUUCCAUCGGGCAAUCAAUCUACUGCUCCUAAUAAUGUUGUAGUUGAAAUGCAACAAUAUGGAGAAUCCGUUCCUGGCCAGUCAUCUAAUGAAAUUGCCAAACCAGUUUCUGGAAAUAAUGCAUCCAUAAACCUAUCCCAGAAUCUUGUAACAAACUCAAGGAUGUUGCCACCUGGAAACCCCCAAGCCUUACAGAUUUCUCAAGGACUUCUCUCUGGUGUUUCAAUGUCUUCAAGACCGCAGCAACUGGACUCACAACAAACUGUACAGCAUCAGCAGCAGCAGAUGCAACAAAAUCAACACACACUCAUUCAACAGCAGAAUUCCCAGUUCCAGAGAUCUUCUAUGAUGCUUGGGACAAAUCAGCUUUCACACUUAAAUCCAGUCGGACAGAACUCCAACAUGCCGUUAGGUAAUCACAUGCUCAACAAGUCUUCAGCUCUCCAGAUUCAGAUGUACCAACAACAGCAGCAACAGCAGCAGCAGCAGCAGCCACAAAUGCAAAGGAAAAUGGUGGGACUUGGAACCAAUGUGGGAAUGGGUAACUUGAGAAACAACCUAGUUGGGCUUGCACCCAUGGGCAAUCCUAUGGGGAUGGGAGGUGCAAGGGGAGGAAUAGGAGGAAGUGGAAUCUCAGCUCCAAUGACAUCUAUAGCGGGCAUGGGAAAUAUGGGUCAGAACCCAAUGAAUCUUAGCCAGACUUCAAACAUUACUAAUUCCAUAAGCCAACAAUUCAGGUCUGGAUCGCUAAAUUCCACAUCUGCUGAGAUUUUAUCCAAGCUUAGAUUGGUACCGACUCGAAGUAUGAUGGGUUCCCCUCAGUCAAACUUAGCUGGCAUCUCUGGUGCCAGACAAAUGCACCCUGGUCCUGCUGGUCUUUCAAUAAUGGGUAGGACUAAUGCAAUGCAACGGCCGAUGGGUCCACCAAAGAUGAUGGCCGGGAUGAAUCUUUAUAUGAAUCAGCAGCAGCAACAUCAACAACCCCAACAACAGCAGUUACAACUACAACAACAGUUGCAGCAGCAGCAGCAGCAGCAAGAAACAAGUUCACAAUUGCAGGCAGUUGUUUCUCCCCCACAGGUGGGAUCUCCAUCAAUGGGAGUUCCACAGUUGAACCAACAAACACAUCAGCAAGCAAGCCCUCAGCAAAUCAGUCAACGAACUCCGAUGAGUCCCCAAAUAAGCUCAGGUGCAAUUCAUGCCAUAAGUGCCGGUAAUCCCGAAGCUUGUCCUGCCAGUCCACAGUUGAGCUCUCAGACCCUCGGCUCUGUUAGUAGUAUAACAAACUCCCCCAUGGAUAUGCAAGGUGUUAACAAGAGUAAUUCUGUCAGUAAUGCACAAUGAAGUUACACUGCCCCUCCAACCUAGGUUGUUGAAACCUUGGAACCAAGCACAUGAUGUUGAAUAUUUGUGCAUUAAAGUAUGCCGGAAAUUGAUAAUUAUUUACUUAUUAAUAAACAUAAAGCAUAUUGAAUAAAUAUGCUUAUGCUUUGUAACUAUAGGGGGAUCACAUGUCUUGUGUCUGUUGUAAAUAGUUUAUUGUUCUUUUUUGCACCCAUUGGACACAUCAGUUAAAGUUUUAACGAUAUUUAGGCCAA